AUGAGGAGACGCACAGAGGGAACGGAUGGGAACACGGGGCCCCUGCAGCCUCAGGAGGAUCAGCUGCGGCCUGGUUUGCUCGUGUCGUCAUUCGUCGUGGGCACCUUGUCCUUGGGGCCGGCCAGUUACUUGGCUUCCAGGCCCGUCAUCCUACCGGAAGCACCCCCAGCUUGGGGAUUUGGAAUAUUGGUGGGCAGCGUGCAAACAGAAGCGAAUGUCAGCCGGGGCGGCAGGGGGCAGCAGACCCCACACUUUAUCCAUGCCUCAGGUGGGAAGGAGUGUCCGGCUCCAGAAACCUGUCGCGGGCUUUAUCCCAAGCGACUUCAGCCAGCAGACGGUUCAUGUCCUGAGGCUGCAAAAUACGAGGUGGUAGUAGUGGGGGGCAUGAGGCUGAGAGUGGGGAGAGCAAUCCAGGGGCGCCAGGGUGGGAGCCGCAGCGGGCCCAUGGCCGCCCGGAGGACACUGAUGCUUCUGGAGCGCGCGCGAGGGUCCAAGGCGGGGCCGGACCAAGGCCGCCUGCGCUCCGCGGAGGCGCGUUCUGCCAUCAUCACUGACAAAGUAAUCCCAGCUUGUCUGCCAUCCCCAAAUUAUGUGGUCGCCAACCAGACUGAAUGUUACGUCACUGGCUGGGGAAAAACCCAAGUAUGCCCUGACAAUAAUUAUAUCCAUCAGACUUACCCCCUUGCCACUGGAACACUGAGACUGUCUUGGAAUCUCUGCCUGACUUUCUCAGAGGUGCUGGGAUGGAGAACUGAAGUUUCCAUCCCACUGAGUGGAAGCCGCACCCCUCGCGCGCUCCAGAGGCAUCAGUGUCCUCCGGGCGACCACAGGCCCGCUGCAGCUCCCACACUGGCGCCCCUGGAUUGCUCUCCCCACUCUCAGCCGCACGCUGCGCUCCUUUCACCCGGAAUUUUGCGGCCCCAGAAGGACAUGAACCAUCUGCUGGCUGAAGUCGCUUGGGACAAAACCCGCGACAGGUUUUGGCAGCUGGACACUCGCUCCCACAGGAGGGAGGGGCGUGCGGAGAAGUGUGGGGUCUGCCUCCCCCUGGCGGCCUGGCUGACGUUUACUUCUGUUUCCACGCUGCCCAGCAAUGUUCCAAGUGGAACUUUUGGAAGGUUGAGUCCUAGAGGAUUUCCAGAGUGUCGGAACUCAGUGACACCUUCCCACAUGAAGGUCGAGGACUGUCUGCAGCCCUUGCUUGUUCAUAAACUAAGACAUGAAUGGGUUGUGUCUGCACCCCUGAGUAGCCACACAACCUUGGGAAGGCCUCAGCCCCCUCCUUGUACAGCAGGAAUGAGAACAGCACUGCCUGUUGGGAAGCUUGAGGGAGGCUAUGGAUGGCAGCACUUGGCAGAGGGUCUGGUCAUGGAAGUCAACAACAUUCUGGGAUUGGGACACACUUUCUGGGCACUGCUGGCCAGUCCCAUAAUGGAACAUAAGGAAGUGGUUCUUCUACUUCUUUUAUUUCUGAAAUCAGUACCGACUGAGCAAAUGCCUGGGGUGCAAGGGUGCUACCACGGUAAUGGACAGAGUUAUCGGGGCACAUACUUCACCACUGUCACAGGAAGAACCUGCCAAGCUUGGUUAUCUAUGACACCGCACUCGCAUAGUCGGACCCCAGAAUACUACCCAAACGCUGGCUUGGUCAAGAACUACUGCCGAAAUCCAGAUUCUGUGGCAGCCCCUUGGUGUUAUACGAUGGAUCCUAGUGUCAGGUGGGAGUACUGCAACCUGACACGAUGCUCAGAUGCAGAAGGGACUGCUGUCGUGCCUCCAAAUAUUAUUCCAGUUCCAAGCCUAGAGGCUUUUUUUGAACAAGAACUGACUGAGGAAACCCCCGGGGCACAGGAGUGCUACUAUCAUUAUGGACAGAGUUACCGAGGCACACACUCCACCACUGUUACAGGAAGAACUUGCCAAGCUUGGUCAUCUAUGACACCACACCAGCAUAGUCGGACCCCAAAAAACUAUCCAAAUGCUGGCCUGACCAGGAACUACUGCAGGAAUCCAGAUGCUGAGAUUUGCCCUUGGUGUUACACCAUGGAUCCCAGUGUCAGGUGGGAGUACUGCAACCUGACACAAUGCCUGGUGACAGAAUCAAGUGUCCUUGCAACUCUCACAGUGGUCCCAGAUCCAAGCACAGAGGCUUCUUCUGAAGAAGCACCAACGGAGCAAAGUCCCGAGGUCCAGGACUGCUACCAUGGUGAUGGACAGAGUUAUCGAGGCUCAUUCUCCACCACUGUCACAGGAAGGACAUGCCAGUCUUGGUCCUCUAUGACACCACACUGGCAUCAGAGGACAACAGAAUAUUAUCCAAAUGGUGGCCUGACCAGGAACUACUGCAGGAAUCCAGAUGCUGAGAUUCGCCCUUGGUGUUAUACCAUGGAUCCCAGUGUCAGAUGGGAGUACUGCAACCUGACACAAUGUCCAGUGACAGAAUCAAGUGUCCUCGCAAUGUCCAUGGCUGUUUCUGAACAAGCACCAACGCAGCAAAGUCCCGGGGUCCAGGACUGCUACCAUGGUGAUGGACAGAGUUAUCGAGGUUCAGUCUCCACCACUGUCACAGGAAGGACAUGUCAGUCUUGGUCCUCUAUGACACCACACUGGCAUCAGAGGACCACAGAAUACUACCCAAAUGGUGGCCUGACCAAGAACUACUGCAGGAAUCCAGAUGCUGAGAUUCGCCCUUGGUGUUAUACCAUGGAUCCCAGUGUCAGAUGGGAGUACUGCAACCUGACACAAUGUCUGGUGAUGGAAUCAAGUGUCCUCGCAACUCCCCCAGUGGUCCCAGUUCCAAGCACAGAGGUUCCUUCUGAAGAAGCACCAACUGAAAACAGCCCUGGGGUCCAGGACUGCUACCAAGGUGAUGGACAGAGUUAUCGAGGCACAUUCUCCACCACUAUCACAGGAAGAACAUGUCAGUCUUGGUUGUCUAUGACACCACAUUGGCAUCGGAGGAUCCCAUUAUGCUAUCCAAAUGCUGGCCUGACCAGGAACUACUGCAGAAAUCCAGAUGCUGAGAUUCGCCCUUGGUGUUACACCAUGGAUCCCAGUGUCAGGUGGGAGUACUGCAACUUGACACAAUGUCCAGUGACAGAAUCAAGUGUCCUCACAACUCCCACGGUGGUCCCGGUUCCAAGCACAGAGGCUCCUUCUGAACAAGCACCACCUGAGAAAAGCCCUGUGGUCCAGGAUUGCUACCAUGGUGAUGGACAGAGUUAUCGAGGCACAUCCUCCACCACUGUCACAGGGAGGAACUGUCAAUCUUGGUCAUCUAUGAUACCACAUUGGCAUCAGAGGACCCCAGAAAACUACCCAAAUGCUGGCCUGACCAGGAACUACUGUAGGAAUCCAGAUUCUGGGAAACAACCCUGGUGUUACACAACUGAUCCAUGUGUGAGGUGGGAGUACUGCAACCUGACACAAUGCUCAGAAACAGAAUCAGAUGUCCUAGAGACUCCCACUGUUGUUCCGGUUCCAAGCAUGGAAGCUCAUUCUGAAGCAGCACCAACUGAGCAAACCCCUGUGGUCCAGCAGUGCUACCAUGGUAAUGGACAGAGUUAUCGAGGCACAUUCUCCACCACUGUCACUGGAAGGACAUGUCAAUCUUGGUCAUCCAUGACACCACACCAGCAUAAGAGGACCCCGGAAAACCACCCAAAUGAUGGCUUGACAAUGAACUACUGCAGGAAUCCAGAUGCUGACACAGGCCCUUGGUGUUUUACCAUGGACCCCAGCGUCAGGUGGGAGUACUGCAACCUGACGCGAUGCUCAGACACAGAAGGGACUGUGCUCACGCCUCCAACUGUUAUCCCGGUUCCAAGCCUAGAGGCUCCUUCCGAACAAGCAUCCUCUUCAUUUGAUUGUGGGAAGCCUCAAGUGGAGCCAAAGAAAUGUCCUGGAAGCAUUGUAGGUGGGUGUGUGGCCUACGCACAUUCCUGGCCCUGGCAAGUCAGUCUUAGAACAAGGUUUGGAAAGCACUUCUGUGGAGGCACCUUAAUAUCCCCAGAGUGGGUGCUGACUGCUGCUCGCUGCUUGGAGACGUUCUCAAGGCCUUCAUUCUACAAGAUCAUCCUGGGUGCACACCAAGAAGUGAAUCUUGAAUCUCAUGUUCAGGAAAUAGAAGUGUCUAGGCUGUUCUUGGAGCCCACCGGAGCAGAUAUGGCCUUGCUAAAGCUAAGCAGGCCUGCCAUCAUCACUGAUAAAGUAAUCCCAGCCUGUCUGCCAUCUCCAAAUUACGUGGUCACCGCCUGGACUGAAUGUUACAUCACUGGCUGGGGAGAAACCCAAGGUACCUUUGGGGCCGGCCUUCUCAAGGAAGCCCAGGUUCAUGUGAUUGAGAAUAAAGUGUGCAAUCGCUAUGAGUUUCUGAAUGGAAGAGUCACAUCCACCGAGCUCUGUGCUGGGCGUCUGGCCGGAGGCACUGACAGUUGCCAGAGUGACAGUGGAGGGCCUGUGGUUUGCUUCGACAAGGACAAAUACAUUUUACAAGGAAUGACUUCUUGGGGUCCUGGCUGUGCACGCCGCAAUAAGCCUGGUGUCUAUGUUCGUGUUUCAAGCUUUAUCACUUGGAUUGAGGGAGUGAUGAGAAAUAAUUAAUUGGACAGGAGACAGAGUGAAGCAUUGACUCACCUGGAGGCUGGAAUGUGGGUAGGGAUUUAGCAUGCUGGAAAUAACAGACAGUAAUCAAAUGAAGACACUGUCCCC